AUGACUGUUGCGACUACAAUCUUUCGCCAUCCAUUGGCCUCAAAGCGAUUUAUGAUGGUCUUCUACAAUGAAGUGGGGGAUAUGAUUAAGGAGUUGUUUGAGUUGCAGACACGCUAUGUGGCGAUUGGCCCCAUUGCAAUGGGGGCGUAUGGUUUUGUCUGCGCCGCGACAGACAACGAGAUGGUAGAAAAAUUUCGUCUAAACCCACCUGAGGAGUACAAUGACACCUCCCUCUCUCCUGAGGAGCGCCAGGACAUCUACCAGCACCAUACCAUGGUGGCGGUGAAGAAGCUGCGGCAGUUAUUUGAGCGUAAUCAGCCACGCAUGUGGUUGUGCGCCACACGUGAGAUUCAACUCAUGAUGGCCUUUAAACACGACAAUGUCAUGUCUGCCCUAGACUUCUUCAUCCCACUUGGCGAGUGUGAACGGAUGACGUACGAGUCUGUCGACUACCUGUGGCACAACUUUGAUAGCGUCUACAUUGUCAUGAAGAAAAUGGACUACACGCUACGGGAGGUGCUGGAAUCUAGUGUCUACCCCGCGACGGAUGUCUUAGACGAGGGUGGUGAGGAAUUCAACGGGAAUCCGACAACGACAAGUUCCACCAGAACAGCGCAGAGUGAUGAUAGUGUUGAUGAUAGUACGAAUAAAGGUUUGAAUAGUGGAGCUAAGAGAAUAGCGCGAUGCCCGCAGACACAUCUUGUGCUACACCCACUUUCUCGCGAUUAUCGCAUGUUCAUACUUUAUCAACUGUUGCGCGGGGUGGGCUACAUGCAUUUAUGCGGUGUCAUUCACCGCGACAUAAAGCCGGACAACGUUAUGCUGGAUUGUAACUACAACGCACGAGUAUGUGAUUUUGGUCAAGGCCGUGACGCCUUUGCAAUGGAAUGGAAUGGAGUUCUUCAAACCUUUUUGGAUAACUGUACGCAGUGGUAUGCCGCGCCAGAGACACUGACGCUGGCCCAAGUCUCAUCUUCCUCCGGAUUUGUUUAUCAAAAGACGCUGCAUGCUGCGGACGUGUGGUCGAUUGGUUGCGUCGCAGCAGAGAUGCUUAUAGGACGGCCCCUCUUCUAUUGUCGACGCUUCGGUGGAGUCGGCCAACUGAACGCCAUUAUGAGCGUCCUUGGGGAGCUCUCUGAGAAGGACGCCGAACGUAUUUUGCAACUUCGCGACAAUGACACUAAAAAAGUUUUUAAGUGUGUCCUUCAACAGGAAAUGCAGCAGCAUGUCAAUAAUCCGUCUAGACUGAGGGGCUUGUUGCAGUCUCCAUACGGUGAUGUGGAUGAGGACGAGAUCAAGCUCAUUGAAAGUCUCCUCUGUUACGAUCCAAAUUGCCGCAUAACUAUUCAGGAAGCGCUUCAAAGUCCGUACUUCAUCAAGGAAGGAUAUGAACCUGUCAUUGACCCAAGCGACACGGCGACGCGCGUACGGGCGGUGGAGGCAAAUGAGAUUGUGGAUGCAGUGAAGGGGCGCAAGUUUCUCUGGUUACUCUUCCUGAAGCAUCACCCUGAAGUGGAUGAACUCAUUCGAACUCUGCACCUUCGGAGGAGUGGCAGCUCCACAGAGGACACGCAAAAUUCAUCCGCAGUAUAUACGCAAGACGCAGCGCUCCCACUGGAAUGA